AUGAUGCAUUUUUCGCUAUUUUGUGUAAUUUUAUUUGCGCCUUUUGUUGCUGCUGAUGACUGGGAUGAUUUUACGAAUAACCUUGCGACGGAUUUGGUAGGUUCAAAUGUUGAUAUGAGGUCUGAAAUCGAAGUAUAUGCUUAUGGUCAAGUCAAGGCACCUUUGAUUACUCUGUUCGGUGAACGACUUACGAAACAGUUUCUCUCCGAGUCCAUCAGCACUCUUGACAAUGUUAUCUUUGCUCUUUCACCACUAGGAGUCUUGACUGCCGUGGUAUCGGUGAUCAGGAUAUGCGGCAGCUCAUCUCUUCGAGCUUUUGUGGGACGAGCACAGGAAGGACCAGCGGAAGCGGAAUGCGAACUUCUUCCCUGUGUCUCGGAGUCGACUUCGGAGCUUUUCAAUGAUGGUGGCAUUACUCGAGUCUUUGGCCGAAAGAAGAUUGUGGAGAUCGUCGUAUGGGAAGAAGGGGAUCCCAAGAUGGGGAAUAUCAAGACGAAAAUCGGCACUUUGAAGGAGGCACUUGUGGAAGGGGCUUGGACUUGCCAGAGCAAAUCUUCGCCUAGUGAACUUCCCGAGCUAGAUAUACCGAAUCUGUCGUUAAAUAAAGGUAUCAAGAGGAGAGAUCAAUUCUGGUUUUAUUGUGCUGCUGUUCUUGGCACUGCAUUGCAGUUGGGGUCAAUCAUGUUUGCUGCACUCACGGUCUUCAUGUGGCCAGAAACGUUUCAAAAGGAUGAUAAGCCGGUAGCAUCAUAUGCAUUUCCCUUUUAUGUCGUCGGGUCAACACUUUUAUUCAUAGGAAUGUUCUUCUGUGCCUUUAUCAUGGAACGAUCGUCCAAAGAAUACUACUUGGAACCACAAAAACCAAGCAAAAUAUAUUGGCUGCAACCUGGAAAGCAGAACGAAGACGACCAGGUUUUCAAAGCAUUUCUCACGACCAAAACAUAUGGGGGACCAUCUACGACCGGAGAACUUUCUUAUAUCAAGUCUAUCAGAGACUACCGAUUCGACAGGAAGUAUGUCCAAAUAUACUCAACCUUGGCGUCAACACUUUUAGGAUUCAUAUUCCAGUUUGUGGGACUGAGAGGCCUCCACGCAUCCGUGAUCCUCGCCCAGCUAGGAUCAACAUUCUUGAUGGCCAUUGUGCGAACAAUUCUCCGCACAGAGAGAAUGGCACCAGAAGAGAACAAAUUUGGAGACAAACAAAAACUACUAUCAUCCACACAACAAGAGCUGGAUUGUUUCACUUUUCACCUUGAAAAUGUGGACUCGUUCCACUUAAUGAUGCCACCAGAUAAUCCGACAACCCUAUCAUCACCCACAUACACCUCCCAUCCGAGUAUUUCUAUGGCAAAACAGUUGAUUCAUACGAGAGCUCGGCUAGCGCAGCUCACAUCUAGCUCGAAUCAGGGGCUGACUAUGCCUUGGGAUGAUUUGCCUAUACGCCAGAUAGCACAAAAGCUGACAAAGACAAUCGAAAUGACAAUGGAUUUGAUGUCCACGACUUGGGAAAUGGAUCUGGGGAAGAUGUUCACUUUUAACCUUCUUGCUGAAUGCAGAAAGACCUCGGCACAGUUGUCCGACCCUGUGAUGGAGGCGUACUGCAUGAUUUUACUUCGAGGAGGUGAUACCUUGCGAUGGAAGAUUGAUGUCAACGAGCUCGAAGCUAUUCUGGGCCUAUGGGUCUGGUCAAUUCAAAAGUCAACCAAGAAAAAUACUGACCACAAACUUCACCGUCUGGUCGGACUGGGAAAAGAGGAUUCACAGAAAAAGGUUACAGAUCUCUACUUCCAGAAAUGGAUAUUCCGCCAGACGGAGGCUACCAUGAUCAACUCCGAAAUGAUGAAAUUCUCGUCUCAGCUGUUCGGGUUUGCAUCGAACAAGCAUCGUUAUGAGACGAACACUCUCGUAGUCAGAGUGGAUAGCAAUCUUGAGACGAUGGCUGCACAGGAUAUCUAUAUUCAGUUUCUGCGACAAGUCUUGGGUCAUCUUGAAGAGCUCGGUGGGGAUGUUGAUAUCAUCCCCGGACCUAACUCCUCGUUCGUGGCCCAAAGCAGUCGAAUCAAUGAUCUUGUGCACUGUACAGAGACUUGUGGUCUAGCAACACGAGAAGAAGCGUUACUUUGCAUUGUUCCGGCUUUGAAUAAAUGCGGUCUUCUACCAAAACUUGCUGGUGAUUCAAUCAACGUUCGAAAGCGUACAAUCGAAUCCAUCGCACAGGGAAAAUGGAAGAAUGCUCUGCAAUUACUAGUCUGGCUAUGCGAAAGAUCAGAUGGACACGAUUUUGAACAGUCCGUCUACGAGCUUGGAUAUAUCUGUCGCCAGGCUAUAAUCGAAGGAGACGAAAAUGGCCGCCGCGCAGGAUUUGAGAUUAUCUGCGAGAUGUUGCGAUCUGACUUGAGGGCGCGUUUCUUCCAGUCAAAGGGAGACAGGCGUCCCAAUGGCUGGAUGAGCUCUCCAGCUAGCAACGAGUGGUGGAACUCCUUUACGAGACAACUGAGGUGGAUUGCAUGGCAUACGUGCAGGAAUGUGUCAGCCUCACACUGGAUGCAGCCACAUUUCGAGGCCCUGGGUGCGUCUGAGUACUUGUCUCCAUCCUUUGAGGCGGGUCUACAGGAUGUUGACUCCGAAAGAAACGUACACACCUUACAACAGUGGCUUACUUAUCCAACACUGGAAAUUGAGGUUGAUCGGGAGGUACCUGGAACUGAAGAUCAGCUCGCAUUCCAAUGGGCUCUCUCGAAUAAACACUUUGCUCUGUUGUACUUCUUCUUGUCUCAAUGGACAGAAAUGAGCAAAGAGGUCCCUCUUCUGGUCCAUGCAGCAUAUUUGUUCGCUGCAAAGAACCAUUCCGAAUGGGCAAUUCAGGUUCUCCGCCGACACGGUGCCAAUAUUGAAGCAGAGAACUAUGACUAUCACUCAGCUAUGAUAAAACUCAUUCUUGACCGUGACUUACCAGCAAUCAAGAUGAUGUUGGCAAACGGCGCUUCUCCGAAUGGGAAAAGCACGGUCAACAAGAUUGGACCCUUGGAAGCAGCCGCACAGGCUGGUUACAGUGAGAUAGUUCUUCUUUUGCUACAAGAUUAUGGGGCUACCAUCGACUCUAUACAGAAAUGGAAAUACUCGGCUCUAUACUGGGCAACGGAAGAGCAACAUCUCGAGACUGUUGAAAUUCUUCUUCAACAUGGCGCUGAUAUCAAUACCAUUGGAAUCGGAUCCAUGACACCACUUCACAAUGCAGUCUCCAAGCAAAAUGUGGAACUGGUGAGAAUACUUGUUCAAUUUCACCCCAAAAUUAAUGCUACAAAUGACCAAAGUCGUACGCCCCUGAUGCUGGCAUCAAUAGACUCGUCGACUGAGAUACUUCGUUUGCUAUUGAUCAAUGGUGCCGAUGCAGAGAUGCAGGAUUGGGAUGAUCGAACAGCUUUGGAUUUGGCCAGAACAACCAAUAACACGGAAGCUAUACUCAUGUUGGAGGAGGAGAUGCAGAAGCGUUCUGUUAUUUAA